CGGGGCUGGAGGGCAGUGCGAGGGAUCAGGAGCAGCGGCUGCCGGCGGGGCCGUUGCGCUUAGAGGAGCGGCGAGGGAGACGAGGCGGAGGGGUUCAGAGUAAUGCGUGGCGUGGCAGGAGGAGUGAGGAAGUGCCUGCCGCCCUCCCGGAACCCUCGAGGCUGCGGUCGUCCCACGAAGCCGGUGGGUGGGUUGGCGGUUUGGGCCACGUAAAGGGAAGGCCGCCGUCGCACAGCGUGCAGCUAAGCUGUGGGUUUGGCUGCCGUGGCUACUUCCUAACAGGACGGCGAGUGUCAGUCGCUAUGCAGAGUCCAGAUCAUAAGGACAGCAGCAGCAACUUGAAAAACGAGGACAUGGGCAAGGACACAGAAGCCAAGAAUGAGCAGCCGGCUGAUUUCAGUACAGAGAUCAUGAGUGUCACGGAGAUGGAGCAAUCCCCCGCCAACUCUCCAGAGGCGAACACCCAGGAAGAAACUGCUCAGGACACGGAAAUCCCAGACUCUGAAGUGCUCAAGACAGCCGAUCCUGAGCCUUCCUUCCCUUCUGAAUUUGACAAGUUCUGGAAGGUUGUUGAAACCAACCCUCAGGAUUUCACAGGCUGGGUCUAUCUCCUGCAGUAUGUGGAGCAAGAAAACCACCUACCAGCGGCCAGGAAAGCCUUCGACAGCUUUUUCACGCAUUACCCGUAUUGCUACGGCUAUUGGAAGAAGUACGCAGAUCUCGAGAAGCGGCACGGCAACAUGAAGCAGUCCGACGAGGUGUAUCGGCGAGGACUGCAGGCAAUACCUCUCAGCGUCGAUCUCUGGAUCCAUUACAUAAACUUCCUCAAAGAGACACUGGAUGCCAGUGACCCUGAGACUGUUGGGACCAUUAGGGGGACUUACGAACAUGCUGUCUUAGCUGCAGGAACAGAUUUCCGUUCAGACAAACUCUGGGAAAUGUAUAUAAACUGGGAGAGCGAGGAAGGCAGCCUGAGAGCAGUGACGGCAGUCUUUGACCGCAUCCUUGGGAUCCCAACGCAGCUGUACAGCCAUCACUUCCAAAGGUUCAAAGAGCACGUCCAGAAUAAUCUGCCCCGGGACAUCCUGACUACGGAGCAGUUCGUGCAGCUGCGCAGAGAGCUGGCUGCUUCUGCCAAUAGCCACAGUGGGGAGGACGCGCCCCCUGGAGACGACCUCCCGUCUGGCUCCGAAGAGAUCUCGGACCCCGCUAAGCUGAUCACUGAAAUAGAAAACAUGCGGCAUCGGAUCAUUGAGAUUCACCAAGAAAUGUUCAAUCAUAACGAGCACGAAGUCAGCAAGAGGUGGACCUUUGAAGAAGGCAUAAAGCGGCCUUACUUUCACGUUAAGCCCCUGGAGAAAACGCAGCUGAAGAACUGGAAGGAGUACUUGGACUUUGAGAUCGAGAACGGGACGCACGAGCGAGUGGUGGUCCUCUUCGAGCGCUGUGUGAUCUCCUGUGCCCUCUAUGAGGAGUUCUGGAUCAAGUAUGCCAAGUACAUGGAGAGCCACAGCAUCGAGGGGGUGAGGCACGUCUACAGCCGCGCCUGCACGAUCCACCUCUCCAAGAAGCCGAUGGUGCACCUGCUCUGGGCCGCCUUCGAGGAGCAGCAAGGGAAUAUCAAUGAAGCGAGAAGAAUUCUGAAGACAUUUGAGGAGAAUGUUUCUGGGCUGGCCAUGAUCCGCCUACGGAGAGUCAGCUUGGAACGAAGGCACGGAAACAUGGAAGAGGCCGAGCACUUGCUCCAGGAAGCUGUGAGGAAUGCGAAAUCGAGCUACGAGGCCUCCUUCUUUGCCGUCAAGCUUGCUCGGCACCUUUUCAAGAUCCAGAAGAGCCUCCUGAAAGCCAGGAAGGUCCUCAUGGAGGCCAUUGAAAGAGACAGGGACAACCCCAAGCUGUACCUCAACCUGCUGGAAAUCGAGUACAGCGGAGACCUGAAGCAGAACGAGGAGCACAUCACGGAGUGCUUUGACAAAGCCAUCCGAGGAACGCUGCCCAUCAAAAUGAGGAUCAUCUUCUCUCAGCGGAAGGUGGAGUUUCUGGAAGACUUUGGCCUGGAUGUGAACAAGCUUUUGGAUGCCUAUGAAGAACACCAGGCCCUUCUGAAGGAGCAAGAGUGCUUGAAGAGGAAGGCAGAAAACGGCUGCGAAGAGCCGGAUGAGAAGCGGGCCCACCCCGACGAGGCAGCCCUCGCGGUGGGGCAGAUGGCGGACGGGGACAUGCAGGCGAACCAGGCCGCCUACAAUUACAACGCCUGGUACCAGUACAACUACCCAAACGCAUGGAAUUACGGGCAAUACUAUCAGUCAUCUUCAACCUGAGCAGAGGAGCCCGGCCUGAGAGAGAAGUGGGGUGUGGAAGUGUUUUGUUAGGGGUUUUUUAAAAAUUGGGGAUGUGAACAAACUGUCAUGUGAUCCUUUGUCUUUCCCGCAUGUACAAUGAACUGAUAUUCACAGGAUCUUUGUGACAAAUUCAUGUGUUGGUAUGUUGCUGUACACCAGUCUAGCAGGAAUUUGAUUGUCCUGCUACUAAAAUUAUAAAAAAUACAUGGGGAUAUUUUUAGUUCACAUUUCAUCAGGAGCGUCAGUUUCCAAGCCCAUACUGGUUUUUAGACUUGCCAAACUGAAGAUCUGCCUAGGCUGGCAAGAGCAUGCCCACCCACUCCUGGGAAGUGCCCCCCCUUCCCAUUCUGCAGGAAGGCCCAGGGACCCCUUGGGAGGCCCUUCAGCGCAGCCCCUCGCCCUGGUCCGUGUGGUCUCCUCUGUCUACAUGUGCUGUGUCUAAGCUUUAAAAAAGUGGGGAUGUAUCACGUAGGGGCAUCCCUCUGGAUUUAAGAAAAAUGGCUGAAAUGAAGUGUCUUGCUAAACCAUGAUGUGUUUGGGGUGGAUUUUGUAUUGAAAUUUUCAUGUAUGAGUUUAGAAUUUGUUUUAAGUCUUUUUGUAAUAAAACCAAGUUGUGCAAGCUU